UUCACUUGCACUACUUUGCAAAGGAAAAAACAAAUCUCUCCUCCCCCACAAAAAUGAACAAGUUCAUCAUUGCUGCUGUGUUGAUGACGGUUGCUGUUGCUGCAGCUGCACCGCAAUCCUACCCGUCUGAGGCCAGCUCCAAACCUUCCUACGAUGACGCUCCCAUGCCGUACAGCUUCGACUGGAACGUUAAAGAUGAUGAGAGCAAGAACGACUACGGACACAAGGAGACCAGUGAUGGCAAAGUCGUGACCGGAUCUUACCGCGUUGUCCUGCCCGAUGGCCGCACGCAGAUCGUGACUUACAAGGCCGAUGAGAACGGAUACGUUGCCGAUGUGAAAUACGAAGGAAAGGCCCAAUACCCAACUCCCGAAUACAAACCGGCCUCCAAAUACUAAAAAUUUAUGCACAAAUAGUUUCAUUUGUAGAUUAAAUCAUUUUUCCUUUCGUGUAAUUUAUUUUGAAUCUUCGGCAAAAAUUAAAAUACAAUCUCGUGAAAACAUGAAA